AUGCCAGCAAUCGUUGCUUACGCCAAACUCUUGUUGACCCCUCUCCGCGGAUUAUAUGCGCUUCGCUAUGGCCAACAAAAAUGGCCUCUCGCAAGUGUAUUGAUAUCCAACUUUCCACGAUAUGACAUAGUCACUGACCGAAAUAACCGCAAGACGACUAAACUUCAAGUCGAUGUCCUCGCCAAGCAAGAAUCCGGAAUGGGGUUUCUGGGGAGGGUCUGUGGAUUCCAAAUUAAAGGCGAGAAGCCUAAUAAAACACUUUUUAAUAGCACCUUAUAA